AUGUGGCCAAAAGCCCAUGAAGCGCGUUUUGUAACUCGCAUUUGGUCGCGUUUCAGACAUUCGAACAUUAUUUCGCAGAACACGAUUGCCGUUCUUGGCGGCAUGGGCGUGUGGCUGUUCGAUAUGCCUCUCGUAUCGCAUGCCGUAUUACAGAUCUUUCAGCAGAAAUUUGCCAAACCUGCAUCGCCCCUCGACAAGUACAUCAUCGAGCAGCUGUCAGACAUGAUUCUUGCCGGCUGUGUAAUAUGCUUUGGUUCUUAUUUCGCAAUUAGUUACAGCUUUUGCUUACUUAUUUUGCAGACCUCGAUUUACACGGAAGUGAUGCGCAUGUUUAACAUGAUAGCGUUGGAGUCGUGUUCGACCAGGUACAGCGCUGUAGACGACUCUAUGAACAACGCCUAUCGUACCGUUGCGAAUUUACAACACAGUAUUAGUUUUCCAAUCAUCAUAUAUAGGGAGCGAUACCUAUUAGUUUGCGCACAACGCUGUGACAGAAUAUACGCGUCGAGCAAUGCCGGAAAUUUAGGAGUUCUACUUCCAGUGAUCGCCAAUUUGCUCAGGAGGAUGGAUUUCGUCAGUAACCCUAAACCGCGUUUGCAGAAACUCUUUCGCGAUUUCUGGCUUUACUGCGUGGUAAUGGGCUUCGACGUCGAGGAUUCUGGUUUGUGGCCUGUGGAAUGGUACAAUGCUGUUUGCGCUGUAUCCGUAAAAUCUCCAUUGCUUACUGUGCAGGAUAACCUCCGAUCUGCUAUCAAAGGUUUCGCAAUCGCGACUGACAUCGUUGAUCCGGCUCAUUUACAAGAGCUUCGGAACAAUCUGCUAGCCCGCUUAGGCCACGCAACUGAGGUCAUACCAUUUGUGAACAAAAUGGAGUUCCUGCAGUGUGUUUAUCUGCUAUCGGUACUGCGACUGGAAACACUUCGCGUGGUGCACUCAAAGGAUCCAAAAGCUGUGCACUUCAUAUUCGAUUACCUUGAGGAAAAAAGCAUCAGGAAGGAUAAAUACGGUAUGUGGACUUGUAUGAUAGUAGUUACCCAGACGGUGAUCAAGGAGUACCUAAAAGUCGCAAAAGAGCGGGAGCGACAGCCGUCGAAUGAAAGGGAGCUCGAGGAGCACGCCCAAUUCUUGUUGAUCAAGUUCAACGCCGUCUACCCGGAAAUUAGACGCUGUGCCGAUCGAUGUUUGUCGUGCAUGGUCGACACUUUUCCUUAUUUGCUGUGGAAUCCGAGAGUUCUGAAGGUGAUGCUGGACAUCCUGCAACAACUGUACAACUUUUCUAACACCGACCUCGAUACCGAGUCGUCCAAGCUAAAGAUCGACAACACGUACGAACUACGUCUACCGGACACUAGGGAAGAACGGCAAAAGGUGCUGGCCGAUUUCAGUGCCAAAUGUCAACAGAUUCUCGCUGAGGCCAUGAAAUGGGCUCCAUCAACAACUAGAGCACAUCUCAAGGUGUACGUGAACGAAAUGAAUGCAAAAGAUUUUUCGGUUUCUUUUAUGAAACAAGCCGGACUGGCUUUGACCAUCGACUCCGUCCUGAAAAUUGACAAAUCCAACGAGCUUCAGGAUGACAACAUUUGCGAUUCGCUCGAUCCGUCAUCGUACGUCUCCAGUAUUAGCCUGCAGAGUUAUUACCUGGGAGAGGUUCGGGGUAUGCUGUCGUUCUUUGAAGAAAACAGCAUGUUUUUGCUGACUGAGAAAUUGCUCAGAGACUUUGACAAUUGUUGCAAAACAGGCGAUGAGAAAAAAAUCUCCAUAUCGUUGUGGCGAAUGUGCUCGCUAUUUAUAAUCGAUAAUGGUGUGCUUUUGUUGCUUAUUAACCAGGUCAAUUCGGUUCUUCUGAACACGCUUUGCACGGCGAUAUUAAAAAAUUUUACUACGCCCACUAUGAAGACUUCGACGGCAUGCUGGCAGUGGUUAUUGGCCGCUAAGCCAAAUGUUCAGACUGAGUUUUUUCAAGAUAUGUGCAUUGCUUGGAAGCUCAGUGCUGAUUUAAAGCUUGGCGUUUUUUGCGAUGACCCGGAACCGCUGAAUCCAUUCGCCGCUAAGGAUUUAAACCACUCUAUUCCUAAGUCACCGUUCGUCAUGCCGCACAAAAUCUGGAUAAAGGUGCUUGAUUAUGAAAUAUCAGUGCUUAAUGGUGAUUCUCACACUGAACGCUUCCUUAUCGAACACAUCAACACUGCGAAAUACUGUAGCUAUGAUCUAGUGGAAAUUUUCUUCAUCUCCUUCUCCCAGACGCUGUCGUUGAAAAUCGGCUAUUCUUCAUCAGCAAGGUUGGUCGAUUUCGCGAUUCUACCCAAUUCGCAGAUGUGUCCGCACACCGUCGUUACCAACCUGUUCACGCACCACAUCGAGGCGCUCAGCGUCCGAUUCCAACUGCUCACGACCAUCCUUGGUCUCGCGCAAAGCACAAUUUUUCCUGACGGAACCGCAAAGUACAUUCUGCGCAAGCGAGUGUACUCAGUCGCGCUGGACUAUUUUACGGUACCUCCUCAGUUUCCAACGCAGGACAAUGAGAGUCUUCGCCGGGAUAUUUCUGUACUAAUUCAGUUCUGGCAAGCGUUGUACAAUGACAAGAAAUACUUAAGUGCGGAUCGGAUCAGUCCCUUCGUAAUUUCGUGUCCGUUUUUUCCAGAGCUAAAAAUUCCUAGUCGUUUGAAUUCAAAAUCGCAAUCAUCCAGAGCUUCGAACCUGUCUUCGCCGAGUUCUCUUUCCUCGUCGAAGAGGAGCUACCUCACGUACCACAGCGGCACACAGUACUCAAACUACUGGGCCAAUACACUGACUUUAGCAAGCCGGCAAAAGCACGUUUCUUGUCAGAAUGUGUCUGAGUUUGCUGAAGACCGACAGAGUUUCAGACUGAGUCAGAAGAGCUUGAUUAAAGAAUGUUUCAAGCGAAGGAAUCUCAUUCUGGCACUUGUAUGCAGCGAGGUAGAAAGACUCUGUGCAUGGAUGAAUCCUCAGGGAAGUCAGGAGAACGUUUUACCGUUUGAAGAUCAACUCGAAAAGUGGAAACUGAAGUACUUCGCUGAUGUCAGAACUGAGGCCAAAAUUCUGCGUGAAAGUACCAGGUUAGCUUGGGAGAUUUCGCCUCCUUUGGCCGUACAUAUUCCAGUUCGGUUCAAAAACUCUGACGUCGCUCGCAGUGAACUGGGCCAUCUAGUAAAGUCCUGCCCUGAAGCAGUUUUGCAUAUUCCUGAAGCAUUGCAGUAUUUGAUAUUGGCAUCCCCUCUAGAUUCUGAUGCCCCAGAGUUAUCAUACAUGCUUAACUGGGUACCGGUAUCGCCUCCAUUGGCGUUGUCCUUCUUUUCACGCGACAGUGUGCCUCAUCCGAUCAGCGCGCAGUACGCGGCGCGUAUUUUGAGCGAAUAUCCUUCAGAAGUACUUUUGCAGUACAUACCACAAAUCGUGCAGGCCCUUCGAAACGAUACGCCGUGCGUUUUGCUUUGCAAUUAUGAUAUCAGCCUGUAUUUGCAGAUGGACUACGUUUCUGAACUAAUUCUGACGCUAGCAAAAAAGUCGCAGUUGUUGGCGCACCAGUUCAUUUGGAACAUGCACACCAAUAUGUAUCUCGACGAAGAUGGUGUUCAGAAAGAUCCAGUUUUAUUCGACAAAUUGGCAGCGCUCAUUCUCAAGAUCGUAAAUUCGCUGACCGGAAGUGCUAAAGACUUCUAUGAACGCGAGUUCAGCUUUUUUGGCGAAAUAACAUCGAUCUCGCGUGAAAUUAAGCCUUACCCGAAAGGUCCUGAACGAAAAGCAGCCUGUUUGCAGGCUCUUAGUCGUGUUAAAAUGGUCAGUGACUGCUAUCUGCCUUCUGAUCCGCAGUCCCUCGUAACUGAUAUUGACUACGGUUCAGCAACACCGUUGCAGAGCGCGGCCAAAGCUCCGUUUCUUGUUCGAUUCGAAGUGAAGCACUGCAGUAUAGCAGAGAUAGAAGAUCUCGGCAUGUCUGAAAAAAAGCAGCAAAAUGUUGAGAAAAAGGAGGAACCCGUCCUCGAAUGGCAGGCAGCCAUCUUCAAAGUGGGCGACGAUGUUCGACAGGAUAUGCUGGCACUUCAGAUCAUGGAACUGUGCAAGAAAAUUUACGAAUCCGUCGAAUUGGACGUGUACUUUCAUCCCUACCAAGUUGUCGCCACUGCGCCCGGCUGCGGCAUCAUCCAGUGUGUACCAAACUCGAAGUCACGUGAUCAGCUUGGUCGUCAGACCGAUUUUGGUCUGUACGAAUAUUUUCUCACCAGAUAUGGAGACGAAACUACGGAAGCUUUCCAAAUGGCUCGACAUAACUUUGUGAAGAGCAUGGCAGCAUAUAGCGUUUUUACUUUCUUAUUGCAGAUAAAAGACAGACAUAACGGCAACAUCAUGCUCGACACCGAGGGCCACAUCAUACACAUCGAUUUUGGAUUUAUGUUCGAAAGCAGUCCCGGCGGAAACCUUGGUUUUGAACCUGAUUUCAAACUUAGCGGCGAAAUGGUCGCCAUAAUGGGAGGAAAAAUGGAAGCACCGUGGUUUAAGCUGUUUAUGGACUUGUGUGUUCGCGCCUUCUUGGCACUAAGACCAUAUCAAGAAUCGUUUUUGUCCUUGGUAACGUUGAUGUUGGAUUCAGGUCUUCCAUGUUUCCGUGGUAAAACUGUACAGCUACUGCGCGAACGCUUUGCGCCACAGAAGUCAGAGAAGGAAGCAGCUAAUUACAUGCUACAAGUUGUGAAAAACUGCUUUCUCAAUGUUCGGUCAAAAAUGUAUGAUCAAAUUCAGUACUUCCAAAAUGAAAUACCCUAUUAA